AUGGCUGGGUCUAUAUUCCCACCAGAGCUUUGGUUGAUGAUUAUCCAGUAUCUUCGUGAUGAAGAAAGUCCACAGCAUAUCAGCAGACUGGCACAGACAUGCAAGUUUUUCCAUCAAGAAAUCAACCAUGUUAUAUAUCAGUCUGUCCGACUGAGGCGGGUAGAAAAUGCUCGCCGUUUUGCAAAAACUGUGUCUAGUCGCCCAGACUUGGCGGCACUUGUCAAGGAAGUGCGGCAUGCCGAUGAUCUGGGCUUUUCCGACUUUGCUGGCCACUCCGAGCCAUUUUAUCAAGCACUCACCAAGUUGCAAAAUCUGCAAACACUGGUCAUGAGAAAGGAAUACUGUUUAAGCCAUGAAUACACACCAGAAGCGGCACUCCAGGAAGUGCUUACCGAUAUUUGCCAUGAUGCCCAAGACUCAUAUGUGCGAGAAUCGUGUUUGGAAGAUCUGAUGAUGGACAUGGAAGCCCAAGGGUACCCUCUUGGCUCUGCGUCAGAUCCGUUCGGUCUUGGAUUUCAUCCUUGGGGAGAAGAUUUCUCGCUUCACUGUUGGGCAGAAGAUUUGAUAGAGGGCACAUAUUUUAGCAGAGACAAUCUCAAAGACUUGAUUUCAGCACUGCGGACAUGUCACAUUGGAACCGACUCAGACCUCGACCCUAAUCCGAAGAAGAACAGGUAUCAGCCUUCUGUCGAAUUUAAUGAAACGAUUUUUACACUGCCCCGGUUGCAAAAGCUUUGCAUCACUGGUGCUAGGUUUCGGAAGUUUGGAUUGCGAGAAGCAUCAAUUGAAAAUUGUGCCACGGACCUAAGAGAGUUGCUGCUCCUAAACUGUCAUGUCUCCACUGAAGAUCUUGAGCUAAUCAUUCGAUUUCCCUGCGCCUUGCAACGAAUAACCAUCAGGGUCCCUCUUUCGCUCAAAUCUACCUACGAGGAAGACUAUUAUGUGUUCUUCAUCGAGGAAUUGAGCGCCCGGCAUUUUGAAUCCUUGGAGUACUUGGAUUUGGAUAUUUACGGGGGCACAGACCACGGAUUCGGUCUCGAUCCCUUUGAUGUCCUCAAGGAAAUCAUAGUCACACCCCGUUCCAUAACAGGGAGUGCCGGCGAGGAGAUGAUCCUGCCACAUAGUCUCCAGAGACUUACGAUCCGAUACGAGGAAGGCACUUGUCUACCACUAGCAUCUAUCCUCGAAGACCUCGAGAAUAAAUACCUUCCCAACCUGCGCACUGUGAUAUGCCAGAUACCUGACAAAACCUGCGAAGGUACAACCAGCUCGGAGGUACUCGUCGAAGCUGAAGCUUUCAAAUCUAGAUUCAAAGAUUUGGGGGUAGACUUGUCAACAGAGCUCGUUCCAUAUCCUCUGACCAUGCCAAAAUAUGACGUCUGUCCUUGUGAAAACUUAGCAUUCUUUCAUAAAUUUCCCUUCCACCCCCGUGUCGAGCCUCGCCCACAAAUCGUGCAGGCUUCCAAUGCAACCGCUGCAGGUCAAAAUACGGCACCCACUCAGAGCAACCCUACGACUGGUGGCGUGCCCUCUUCAGAUAAUGAUGAUGAUCCAUAUGAUGGUGACCCUCCUUACUUGUACGACAUCAGUCUGAGCCCACUUUCUCCUCCCCGAAUGCCUGCAUUCACGGAUUACGACGACUAUUGUGAUUGGGCGUAUGGUCGUUGA